AUGUUAGAACAUGUAGAACUAUUGGGUAAUGUUGGUAAAGAACUUGAUGGAAUUCUUUAUAAUCUUGUUGAUGUUCUUUCUGAUGAUACACGACAAAGUGAAAUAAAUAUAACAUCACAUGAUGGACAAAUAAGUAAAUGGUUAGAACAAACAUUUUCAUCUAAACAACAACGUACAAUAACAGCAACAGGACGUUUUGAAUCUAUCAAAGCUAUUAUUCAAGCAUCAUCAUUUGUUAAUGCAUUACAAAGACAAUUACGUAUGCAUACAAAAGAACCUAUAGCUGUGAUAUUUAAUUUACCAGUUGAUAUAAAUCAAUUAAAUCUUUGGUCAUUUAAUAUGAUGGAAUAUAAUGAUCCAAUUACAUUUACUAUUUUACUUCUAUUUGAUGCACAUGAUAUUAUAUCACAUCAUCGAAUUGAUAUUGAUGUAUUGAAAAAUUUUGCUCAUGCACUUACUGAAGGUUAUACAAAAUUUCGAGCAGCUUAUCAUAAUGAUUAUCAUGGAGCUGAUGUUCUUCAAACAACACAUUGUUUAUUAAUUAAAAGUAAUUUAUUAAAUAUUUUUACACAACUUGAAAUAACUGCAUUAUUAUUUGCUGCUGUUAUUCAUGAUUUUGAACAUCCAGGUUUAAAUAAUAAUUAUCUUGUUAAAACAAAAAGUGAUUUAGCUUUGAUUUAUAAUGAUUUUAGUGUUCUAGAAAAUCAUCAUUCAAGUUCUGUAUUUAAACUUUUACGUGAUAAACGUUUAAAUAUAUGGUCAAAUAUGAGUCCUGAUGAAUAUCGAAUAUUUCGUUCACUUGUUAUAUCUCUUGUACUUGCAACUGAUAUGGCUAAUCAUGCAUCACUUAUUGAACGUAUGUCAACAUAUUUCUUUUUUAAAGAAACAAAUUCAACAACAACAGCUACAGAUUCAAAAACUUUAUUACAAGCAUUAUUACAUGGUGCUGAUAUUUCAAAUGCAGCUAAACCAUGGCCAAUUUAUAUUCAAUCAACAGAAAAAGUUAUGGAAGAAUUUUUUAUACAAGGUGAUCUAGAAAAAAUAUAUUAUGAUGAUAAUAAACCAACAUUUGAUCGAGAAUCAACUGAUGUUGUACAAUUACAAAUUGGAUUUAUUUCACAUAUUGUCUAUCCAACAUUUGAUGUUUUAUCCAAAGUACUUCAAAUGGAUUCUCUUGAUCAUAAUUCUAAACUUGCACCAAUAAAAAAUAUAUCGACAUGUCCAUGGCAAUAUGAUUUACAAUUAAAUUUAGAAACAUGGCGACAAAUAUCAAAAGACAAUGACGUUGAACAAAUUUUGAUUAGUAAAAAACCUUUUAAACUUAAUUUCGAAUAUUUACAAACAUAUGUUGAAAAAGCGAAAGAUCGUUUAAAAAGACGUUCACAACACGAAUUAUUACUUCGUGGUACACCUUCUGUAUAA